AUGCGCCGGCGCCGGCUUUCCACUGCAUCCACAUCCUCAAAACGCGGAGCAGGAUCUUCCAACAACUUAAGGUCGCAAAAGGCACCCAAUACCCCACACCAUACUCGCCGAUUCACGACGCUGAUCUCGGACCAGGAACCCGACACGACGUAUUUGUGGGGGUAUUUGUUGUUCUUUUGUACGAUGGUGGGCUUCACGGUGAGCAUGUAUGCCCUCGUUGCAUCUAAUUACAUGCCACUUACUGGGAACAAGACGCUGGAUUGGAUCAAGAAGGAUAGCCACUACUGUAUGCUCGUACCGGUCACCAUCCCCGUCACUGUCCUCUUUGUCCUUUUCAACUGGCUUGGCAUGAAGCUCUUCCGGCACAACUGA